CUAUGUGUGACAGUAUGUUAAAAAAAAACCAUAAAUAAUAAUAUUUUAAAAAAUUAAAAUUUUUAAUAUUUUGACCAAGAUUUAUGAAGAAAGAUUAUUUAUUUGCAAAAUGUUAUAAGAAAAACACUUUUUUUUUUCAAAAUGUUUGGACUUUUCAUUUAUAUAGCAAAAAAAUAAAAAUCCCAGUGGUGAAUAAAUACCACCAACAUAUAGUUUUAUCUGUCUCAAAAAAAUGCUAAAAUAAUUCAUGUGGGUACAGUGUUGCAUGACCGCACAAUUGUCAUUCAAAGUGUGAUAGCGCUGAAAGCUGAAAAUUGCCCUGGACAGGAAGGGAGUGAAAGUGUCUGGAC